UCAUCACCAACACCACAACACCAUCUAACAGGAGACCUGCACGCAUCAUGUCUACCAUGUUUGGAGCGUUGAAUCGCUUCAUCUCUCGACUCGAUGCUGCCCCGCAGGACCAGCAACAAUCCGGUGUUGGCGGCGCAUAUGGCUUCCAGGUGUUGAGAAACGCGAACCAGGAAGUUCCUUUGGAGCCUUGGUUUGACUUCAUUAUUGGGAUCAACGGCAGGACCAUUGACAACCCUGACCCAGCGUUGUUUGCGACAGAGGUGCGCAACUGUGCGGGCAACACGAUCAGUGUGGGUGUUUUCAGUGCAAAGGGUCAAGUGAUUCGCGAAGUCUACAUAGGCAUUCCAGCCGAGAAGCCAACUUUGGGCAUCUCGCUGCAAUGGUCACCUCUUACUAUCGCAGAGGAUGUCUGGCAUAUCCUAGACGUGGCGCCCAACUCUCCUGCUGACACUGCUGGACUACUGCCAUAUGGCGACUAUGUCAUUGGCAGCCCAGAAGGGUUAGUCCGCGGCGAGUCAGGUUUGGGUGAACUUGUCGACGAUUUUAUGAACCGCCCACUUCGACUUCUCGUGUACAACCAUGAGUACAACGUCACACGACCAGUCACCAUCACGCCAACGCGUAGUUGGGGCGGUGAAGGAGCGUUGGGCUGCGUACUAGGCUUUGGGGCUCUUCACCGCAUUCCGGCAUCACUAGAAGAGCCACCAGUAGCACCGGGAGAGACCUUGUUCUCUGCGAACAGCGCGCCAACAUCUUUCGAUGAGAAGCGACCUCUGAUCUCUGACGUUUCAUCUGGUCCAGGCGGCGCCGGUAGUGGAUCCGAGCUUUUCGUGCCGGCGAACAUUGCCAUGCCCGCGAAGUCUCCACCACCGCAAGGCACCGGACCGCCGAAGCGGAAGCAGCGGACGCAUGCUGCUGCGCCUGGAGGCGGUGGCCUGGAUGACUAUUUCAAGGAAGGCGAGCAGAAGAGCAAAGAGGACGACUACACCCCCAAAGGCAAGGGCGGUGUGCCUCCACCGCCGAAGGCUGGCGGACCACCUCAAGCUCAGCCUCAAGCUCCGCCUCAGAUCGGCACGCCUGUGCAGAGUGGACCCGACGAGCCAGCUGCCGAGACAGGAGCAGAUGCAGCAUGAUGAGUAUGGAAUGU